GUGCGGGACACCUGCACCUCGCUGGGCUUGAUGCUGGCGAUCGUGCUGUCCGUGGCGCUGGCCCGCGUGGUCCUCCAGCGGCCGAGGCACAGGCCCACGGCGCACACCUUCGCCUUGGAGUUUUUGGCCACCUUCCAGCUCUGCUUCUGCACCCACGAGCUGCAACUGCUGAGCGAGCAGGAACCCGCGCACCCCACCUGGCCGCUGACGCUCAUCUACUUCUUCUCCUUGGUGCACGGCCUGACCCUGGUGGGCACCUCCUGCAACCCGUGCGGCGUGAUGAUGCAGAUGCUGCUGGGGGGCAUGUCCCCCGAGAUCGGGGCGGUGAGGCUGUUGGCGCAGCUGGUCGCUGCCCUGUGCAGCAGGUACUGUGUGGGCGCCCUGUGGGGCCUGGGACUGACCAGGUAUCACGUCAGCGAGAGGAGCUUCGCCUGCAGGAACCCCAUCCACGUCGACCUGCCCAAGGCCGUGGUCACCGAGGCCGUGUGCUCCUUUAUCUUCCACAGCGCUUUGCUGCACUUCCAGGAGGUCCGAACCAAGCUCCGCAUCCACCUGCUGGCGGCGCUCAUCACCUUUUUGGUCUAUGCAGGUUACAUGGAAAAUUCAUCUGAGAUCAGCUAGCUUGUCAGCUGGUGGGGCUGAAGAGUCAAGGUAGCCUCACUCAAGUGUCUGGCAGUUGGUGCCAAAGUGCCUGUUCUCCUUCCUGUGGCCUCUCAUCCAGCAGUCAGACCAGCUUACUUGUAUGGUCAGGGCAAUGUUCUAAAAGCAAAAAGUGGAAGCUGAUGGGUUCACUGGGACCUGAACCUAGAACUCACACAGCGUCUCUCAUAUUCGGAAUUCACGUAGCAUCACUUCUGCUGCAUUCUCUGUCUACACAAGUCACAAGCCGGUCUACAUUCAAGAGAGGAGAAACAGACUCUACCUCUUGGUAGGAGGGGAAGCUUCCAUCAAGUCACACUGAGCAGAACUGGUGAUGUGAGGAUUCAAAGAUAAAGGGAGUUUUAAGUUUUAGGAUGGUACAAGACAGUGUUCAUAGACAUACUGAAAGUCUUUGCCUUUGGAAUACCAAAGUAAACUAUGAGGGCAAUGGUUGUCUAUUUUUAUUGAUAAAUGCAAAAAAAAAACCACCACAGGUCACUUACUAUAUUAUCACAGCACAUAUUACAUUAUAUUGUAAAGAUCGGUGGGAGUCCCUGUCUUUCUGCCCAUGGUGUCUAGUACACAGGGACACAAUAACUUUUUGUGGAGCUGAACUGAAAUGAUUACCUGCCAACCAAACAAUUCUAUUAGCCCUGGGCAGCUGCAGAUUUAACAUUCCAGGAUUUGGCUGUUUGCCAAUGAUUCCGAAGGCCCGAGAUAUGAUUUAAUUUAUAACUGCUGAGGCAUGACUACAAAUCAUGCUAUGAGGCCAGCAUGCUACAAGAAAACUUAAGUGAACUUGGUUCAUUGCUCAACAUCUUCAAUGUUUUCAGCCUAUCAAGUGUGAAAUCUGGGUAAAAUUGGAAAUUUCCAAUUUUACUUUGCUGCAUUUUAUGAAGACAGUUAACAUGCUAUACUGAUGUGUGUCAGUAUAAAAUCUGUGAAGAUCUUGGGCUCUCUCUGUGUGGCUGAGUCAGGGGCAGAUGUGUGUGCCCAAGCUUCCACAUGGAAGAACCACCAGAAAUGUCUCUCUCAGGGAUAACCUUAGGGCCACAGCCCUGCUGAGUACUGUUGGGCACGCAGUCAUCAUCCUCUUUCUUUUCUUGCUGUGUAGCCAGAGCUAUUAACUCCUAGGCCCCAUGUCAGAGAUACCCCAGAUGUAGAGCUAGACCAUGAAUCCUGAAAAGUAGUCAACAGAAUUUGUGCUUACCGUUCAUGACUACUCAGUCACUUCUUGGUAAAAAAAAUUUUGUAACCACUUUACUGAGGUAUAAUUUACAUACCAUUCAGUUACUUCUUCAGGGCUCUCUUGACAAGUAAAAAUGGAGUCAGUGAUAAUGCUUUGAUUCAUUUUACUUUUUGUUUUCAACACAAAGGUAUGCUAAUACCCGAGAGGAACCUCAGGUAUUGUAUCUAUUUUUAAAUGUAUUUUCAUUUUAUUUUUAUUAUUCAUUCAUUUAAACAGGUCAGGGUUAAGGGCAGCCAAAUCUCCUGUUUUAUAAAACCUUACAGGAACAAUAUAGCAGAUUCACUCUGAAUGUAUAUUUUACAAUAAUAGAAAAAACAAUGGAUUAACUCUCUUAAUGUCCUUU